AUGGACGACAACGGCAAGGCUCCAAUGCCCGUCAAUGGGCACAAUGGCGGUGCCUCUCGAAUCCCUGGAGAGCCCCUCGUGAAGGUUCAACCUCCUCGUCGUGAAGAUCUGCAGCCCAGCUACGCUAAGGUCAUCGAGCCAGAUGAUGCUGAUGCCGAUGGUCACGGAUGGUACGGUGGAAUGGUCAAUACUUUUGGUGGAAUUAUUGGUACGCUCGGAGCUAUUCCCUGCUGUAUCUGCUGCCCAAACCCAUAUCAGCCUGUGAAUCAAGGAAACGUUGGUCUCGUCACCAAGUUCGGUCGAUUUGCGCGCGCCGUCGACCCUGGUCUGGUCUACAUCAACCCCCUCUCUGAGAAACUUGUCCAAGUCGACGUUAAGAUUCAAAUUGUUGAGGUUCCCAAGCAAGUCUGCAUGACUAAGGAUAAUGUCUCUCUGCAACUUACUUCCGUCAUCUACUACCGCAUCACUUCGCCCCACAGGGCCGCCUUCAGUAUCUCCAACAUUCGACAAGCCCUCGUCGAGCGCACGCAGACAACACUCCGUCACGUUGUCGGUGCUCGCGUACUCCAGGAUGUUAUCGAGCGCCGUGAGGAGAUUGCGCAGUCAAUCCGCGAGAUCAUCGAGGAGACUUCGGCUGGCUGGGGUGUCGAAGUCGAGUCCAUGCUCAUCAAGGACCUGAUUUUCCAGCAGGAGCUCCAGGAUUCGCUCUCUAUGGCUGCCCAGUCCAAGCGUACUGGUGAGGCCAAGGUUAUCGCCGCACGCGCCGAAGUCGAGUCUGCAAAGCUCAUGAGGCAAGCUGCAGACGUGUUAUCGAGCGGACCUGCUAUGCAGAUCCGUUAUCUUGAGGCGAUGCAGGCGAUGGCCAAAUCUGCAAACUCGAAGGUUAUCUUUAUGCCCGGACCGGCUGAUUCAGGCAAUGUAGUAGCCAAAGCACUCAAAGACGGAGACAUUGAUCCCUCCUCAAUUCCGUCUGGAUCUUCCAAUCAGCAGCCUGAUGCUAUCCAGCAGACCGUCAACGCCCGCGUCCUCGAGGAUCUCUAG